AUGAUGUGUCUGAGCGUAUGCAGGCUUCAGAAUAUUGAUUGGGUUCGCGCUCUGGCGAGCCGUAAGACAGAAGCUGCAGGCCGCAGACCGAGCCGAGCUCCGGCUGCCGGGCCGAGACGCUGGAGGCUUGUAAUCAGCCUCAGAAACAACACGUCCUGGAGACCCGAGUCGUGUCUGGACUGCCGUUGCCACGGCGACGUGUCCAUCUGCAGGCCGACCCACUGCCCGAACCCGAACUGUGACGUCCAGCGGAACAACACGUCCUGGAGACCCGAGUCGUGUCUGGACUGCCGUUGCCACGGCGACGUGUCCAUCUGCAGGCCGACCCACUGCCCGAACCCGAACUGUGACGUCCAGCGGGGCCAACAUCUGAGGAUUCCUGCCAACCAGUGCUGUCCGGAGUGCGUCUCCUCGUCCCAGAGCUCCUGCCAGUACGAAGGAGUCACUUAUGGAGACGACAGCCAGUGGAGUCCGUCGAGCUGCUCGCUGUGCGUCUGCUCCAGAGGAAGGGUUUCCUGCAGCGCUCGGCCCUGUCCGGAGGUCGGCUGCCCGGCCGACCAGAGUCCGUUCACGCCGGCCGGAGAGUGCUGCCCCAAGUGUGGACGCAACGGAGGGUCGUGCUCCUGGCAGGGCGCCACCUACAGGGACGGCGAGGAAUGGAAGCCCAGCAGCUGCUCCAGAUGUGUCUGCAGCGACGGCGACGUCCAGUGUUCGGUGGCAGAGUGCCGGCAGGUCGCCUGCAAACCGCAUGAGAACCUGGUGAUCCCAGCGGGCCAGUGCUGCCCUCAGUGCGUCUCCAACCCGUGUCUGUCUGCAGGGAAACAGUACCAGCACGGCCAGCAGUGGCAGAAGGACGCCUGCACCACAUGCGUGUGCGACCGAGGCCAGUCCAAGUGCCACACAAACACCUGUCGGCCCGUCGCCUGCGACAAGGGUCAGACCAAAGUGCGGCGAGCCGGUCGGUGCUGUGACGAAUGCGCCGCCGCCAAGGGAAGCUGCCUGUACCAGGGCGCCGUGCGUUACCACGGCGACAUGUGGAACGGCACCGGCUGCGAGUUCUGCACCUGCGACCGCGGCCAGGUGCUCUGUCAGAGGGCCGAGUGUGGACGGGUCGAAUGCCCGCAGGACUCGGAGCUGGUGUACCUGCCGGGGAAGUGCUGCCCGGAGUGUUCCUCCCUGAAACCCGCCUGCCUUUACCAGGGAAACUCCUACCAGAAUCUGGCUCGAUGGAGCGACAGCGGCUGCCGCGAGUGUGAAUGCCGCGACGCCCAGGUGACUUGUUACCUGAGAUCCUGCCCCACCUGCCCCCCAGGCAGCCUGGCCGUGGUCCAGGAGGGCCGCUGCUGCCCCGAGUGCCAGCAAGGUAGGACCGAGGCCUUCUCCGCUCUUUGA